CUGCCACCAGCAUGUCCGCGCCUUCAAGGCAGGGGCCUACACAGGCACACAACUUCCUGCAGUCACUGAAUCCAGCCCAACUUCAGGCCGUUCAACACGACCCAAAUAUUCCUCUUCAGAUACUGGCCGGACCAGGAAGUGGCAAGACCAAGGUAUUGACGUCGCGAAUCGCCCAUCUCAUAAUACACCACUUGCUGCCGCCGUCAUCAAUAUGUGCAGUAACAUUCACAAAGAAGACUGCAAAUGAAAUGCGUGAGAGGCUCACCAAACUCAUUGGCAAAGAAAGAACAUCUCAGGUUCGAAUGGGUACAUUCCAUGCGUUGUGUGCCUUGUAUCUACGAAAGCACGCUCUGCAUGUCGGAAUUAAAGGUAACUUUACCAUAUGUGAUACAGAGGAGGGGAAGAAAAUCAUAUCAAGCUUGCUGAAGGAACGUAAAGACUACAUGGUAUCAAAUGACAUCGAAAUCCAGCCCGGAAAUCUACAAUCGAAGAUAUCAAAGUUCAAAGCUAGAGGCCUUUCCGCUGAAGACGUUCUCACUAUGACACCAGCCGUUCAUCCUAAUGAACAUAAUACUGUCCUUGUCCUCGACCGUCUUAUAGCAGAGCUUUACAGUGGAUAUCAAGGGAAACUGAAGAAAAACAACAGCUUGGAUUUUGACGACUUGCUGGUUGUUGGCUUGAAGCUUUUCUCUGGGCAUAGAAAGGCAGUAAGCUGGUGUAGACAUAUUCUUGUAGACGAGUUCCAAGACACCAACUUUACACAAUAUGAACUUAUGCGGGCCAUUGGUGUAGCGCGUCGCGUGACCAUCGUCGGUGAUCCCGACCAGUCCAUAUAUGGCUGGCGAGCAGCCGAAGUAGCAAAUUUAGAAAAAAUGCAGCGACACUUUCCCGGAACGGAGCAGAUCUUUUUAGAACAAAAUUACCGAUCAACUGGCUCUAUCCUUAAACUCAGCCUGGCUAUUGUAUCACAAGACAAGAAUCGCAUUCCAAAGACUCUUCUGUCAUCUCAUCCUAGCGGUAUAACACCUGUCCUUCGUCAGUGUAACAAUGAAAGCCACGAAGCCUCUUUCAUUGCCAUGGAGAUCAAACGGGUGAUGGCUCAUAUGGGAGGAGCCCUUCGCUGGGGCGACUUCGCAGUCCUUUUACGAUUCAACGCCCUGUCCCGGGCUAUUGAAAGUGCCUUACAGAAAGAAGGCAUUCCUCAUCGGAUUCUUGGGGGACACAGAUUCUUCGAGCGACUGGAGAUCAAAGAUAUUUUGGCAUAUCUACAACUUGUCGAUAAUUCCAGUUUCGGUCCUGCAUUUACACGCGCUGUGAAUGUGCCGAGUCGAGGCAUUGGCGAAAAGACUCUAGGUGAACUUUUCACCGGAGCCGAUGCAAUGGUCAUAACUCCCUUAGAGUUAGUUGAAAGAAUAUGCGAUGCUAAAGUCCCCGAUAUCAAGCCGGCGGUCAAGCGGAAGUUGUCACCUUUCGUGGCGGCAAUCCGUUGUUUACGGGAAGAGACCAAUAAAGGAGUUCUUCCCUCGGCGUUAAUUCGCAAGCUACUGAAGCUCAUAGAUUACCAAGAGCAUCUGCAUAAGACGCAACCAGAAUGGGAAACUCGAUGGGAGAACGUCCAAGAACUGAUUACAUUUGCAAGUGAUGUCCAGGGCUCGAUGCUCACUGAUGUUCACCUGCCUCCUGGGGAAGAAGCUGAGUAUACUCCACUUCGACUAUUUCUGCAAGCAUCUAUGCUCUCGUCGGAAGGUGACGAACAAAAUGAGGAGGGUAAUCUUAACAAAGUGUCCAUAUCCACCUGCCAUGCCGCGAAAGGCUUGGAAUGGCCCGUUGUGAUCAUUCCAGCUGCAGAGGAGGGCACAUUUCCUUUCCAUCGAUCAGAGGACAUUGCUGAGGAAAGACGACUUCUUUACGUCGCUUGUACAAGAGCCAAAGGGCUCCUUUACCUUUUAAAUGUCGCUGAACGGAAAAUCGCCGGAAAUCUUAUGGAGAGGAGCCUCUCUUACUUCGUCUCGCACGUCAUCAAAGAAGACGAGACCGUUCUUACCCUAGACGACCUAUGCACUUUUCCCAAGGGCGAGCGAACAACCCUGUGCCAAGUCCUUGAAAGGCCCGAGCCGCCGGAAGAGGAAGUCAGGAUGAGGGUUGAGGGUUUUUACGAAUCAGCCAGAAACCGACGGCCUUUUGGGCACGAAUUCGAUGCCGAAGCGGCAUCAAUUACAAGAGCUAUGCAACAGCAUUCCUUUGGACCUGCUCGCCAUGAGAUAGAGGCGAAAUUCAUACCAGUCAGCCAGAUCGAUGUCAAACCAGACAUCAAACCAACUGUGCAUCCUCUAAGGCCCUUCUCUUCAGGUGUCAGUGUUGGCCCCGAUGUCAAGCCUCGAAUUAAACAGGACCCGGACAUCAUGUCUGCAGCCUUUCUUCAUCGUCCGAAACCACUGUCAAAUUCCAACGUCGAAAUCAAACCGUACAUCGUCUCUAUUUCUGACGUGAAGACGUCGGGGUCUCGUUUAGAUGCGACACGCCCUUUAGCGGUAGCCUCAAGCUCUCGAGACGUGAAGUCAAGUCAAGCUCGCACAUCGAAGCGUUCAUCCCGGUCUUACUCGCUAUCCCAUAAAGCAAAGCUGGAUCCGGACAUACUCGACCUCAGUUUAUCUUCACCGCCUCCACCUCUCAAGGCAAAGCAACCCAUCAAACCGAAGCCUAUGAUUAUAGAUCUCACCGAACCUGCUCCAAAAAGAGUAAACCCAAGGACAACGAUCAAACGAGAGGUGGCCACGCCAUCCGUAGUCAAAAUUGAAGGAGCAGAGGCCGGGACGGCAGUCGAAAGAGAGCCGAGUAUGAUUAUACUUGACCCACCAACAAGUAUCAGGCAUAAGGGGCCUUCGAAAGUGACGGUCGAGCCAGGUCGAUUACCUGUGGCGCCUGCUCCAAAAGAAUCUUCUCCUGGCACCCCGCAAACACCAUCACUAAAUCCUGGAGUAAAACGUAGGUUAGGCAUGGGGAGGAUUGUGGGGGGCUAUGCAAAUAAAAAAUUCAAGCUACCAACAUAAAUUGACUCGGACUCAUUGAUACGAUAGCUUGCUUUGACCCUUCGUAUUUUACAUCGGAAAGUUUACCAGACCGUCAAGUUAUAAGUGUAUUAUUUAUAGUUUAUAUUGUACUUUAAUAAUCGUAGAUUGCGAGACCUAUGAAACGUAGAAUUAGUAAAUG